AUGGAUGUUGAUGAUUCUCUCUUACAAGCUGAACUUGACGAUUGGUGUCAGAAAGCAACAAUCGAUCCAAAACAUGCAGUGUUAUUGUUGGGAGUGCCUGCAGAUGUGGAGGUGGCACGCUUCGAGGAAAUUACAGAAACAGUCAAAGCUUUGGGAAGAGUGAGAGUCAGGCAUUAUAAAGAAGGGCCAAUUCCAGGGUUUCUACUCGUGCUAUGUGAGUGCAAGGAGGUGGUUGAUUCUUCUCGCAUACCUAAAGAAGUGGUACCUGAGGAGGGUGGGAAGCCAUGGAAGAUGGUUGUAGCCAAAAGUGCUGAGUCACCGCCUGCUGGGUUUGCUGAGAAACUUUCAAAACUGUUAUUUGAAGAAGGAAAGUCUUUCACUGAUCUUCAAGCAAUGUUUUCUACACCCAGUUCCAAUGCAGGGUCUCCAGAAGCAAUAAUCCGUGCGGUGGGUGAACUGCUGGAAAAGACUUCAAAACCUGUCAGUGAUGGGAGUGCAUACAGACGCUUAAGAACCUUUUCAGGUACUGUUCCUACUCCAACAGGGGAAGAGGCUUUGGAGAGUUGGAUGGAUCAAGCCAGAAUGAUGGUUAUGGAGUGUGAAUGCUCAGAGAAAGAGAAGCGUCGACACAUCAUUGAGAGCUUAAAGGAUUCAGCCCUGGAAGUGGUGAAGGCUGUUCGAUUUUCUAGCCCGCAUGCAACUUCCCUUCAGUAUCUUGAGGGUUUGGAGGGGGCUUUUGGAACUCCUGAAACAGGAGAGGACUUAUAUUUUGCUUUCAGAUUAUUGAGGCAGAAUCCUGGUGAAGCUCUUUCUGAUUUCUUGAAGAGAAUGGAGAAAUCUCUGACCAAAGUAGUGCAAAAAGGUGGGCUACCCUGGAAAAAUGUGGACAGAACAAGAGUUGAGCAGCUAAUUCGGGGUGCUGUUGAAUCAGACUUACUGUUGCUCCAGCUGAGAUUAAGAGAGAGACGAGAAAAUCCACCUACUUUUCUAGCUCUUCUAAAUGAGAUCAGGGAGGCUGAGGAAAGCGAAGCUGCCAGACAUAGUCUGGGUGUCACUGCAAAGCCUGUUCCCCGGCCACGACAGAAACUGACUGAUUUAGCUGCGGUGAGAGAGUUGAAAGCUGAGAUUCAAGAGCUGCGGACAAAAGUAACAGAGAGACCUUCUAAAGUACCUGUGUCAGAGGAGAUGUUGGAGUCAAAGGCUGUACCAAGUACGAGAGGAGAUGAUACACCAACAGACCCAGAAGUCCACUUGUUAAGAAGGCAGGUACAAAGAUUAGAAGAGCAGUUGGCUUCACUGAGUGUCAGACAAUCAUCACAGUCAAUAAGAGAACCACAACCACUGGAGCAGACUGAUACUUCUGUUAAACCCAGACUUGAUAAGACUAAAGAAGAUUACUUCUGUUAUAAAUGUGGGGAAGAUGGCCACAUUGCUCCGAGGUGCAAAGCUCCUGAGAAUUACAGUCUGGUGAUACAAAAGCUUGUGCGAUCAUUGCGAAAGGCCAGAAAUGAAAGAAUGGAUCCCAGUAGUAGUAAACACACUGGUGAUAAAGCCAGCUUCUCCAGGAAAAGCCAGACAGUUGUGGUUGAGAAGAGCAGCCUUCCCGAGGGGUUGGUUGGUCCAGCUCUGACAAUCACUAUGAAGAUCAAUGGGCAGCCCUGUGAAGCCUUAUUAGAUAGUGGAUCUCAGGUCACUAUCGUCUUUGAGUCAUGGUACUCUAAGCACCUGUCUUCUGUACCCAUUCAGCCUCUCUCUGGUCUGUCCAUUUGGGGCCUUAGCACAGCCAGUUAUCCCUACAAGGGAUAUAUCUUGGUAGAUGCUUUCUUUCCUGCUUCUGUCAUGGGUGUGGAAGAGUUUCCAUCCUUGCUUUGGUUUGUCCUGAACCUGAGGGUCCUGAACAAGUGCCUGUGA